AUGGGAGAAUUCAAAGUCGGUCUGUGCGGAUGCUUCUCCAACAUGGGGUUGUGCUGUUAUGCCAACUGCCUUGCACCUUUAACAGUCGGAAAGAUUGCUGAAUCAUUCGGGGAAAAACAACCAGUUCUGUGGGCAAUGGCUGCCGGUUUCGUUCCAUGCAUUGGUCUCGGUCUUCUCAGAACCAGAGUUCGUGAACGGGAUGGCAUCGACGGAGGUUUCAUGGGCGACUGUUGCACAUCCUUGUUGUUCCAGCCAUGCGUUCUCAAUCAACUUGCAGGCCACACGUGUGCACUGGACCCAAUCCUCCCUCAAGAACACAAUAUGCAACGAGUCGCUCCAGAUCAAAGUUAA